UAGUAAUUUGCUUUUAAGAAUUCUGGGCUGUUACUUGCCUGAGCCUGGAAUCUCGCACAAAAUGAAGGAGAGUGAUGGGAUUUCGGAGUUCCUGAAAGUGACUGCUACAGUUUGAACUAUUCAGGCCAAGAAAAACCCUAGAGAAAAGCCUGCCAAUCCAUUUUCCUGGGCCAUGAGCGAAGGUUUCGUCGUUGCUCCCUUGCCGGAACACAGACCCCUCUCUCUCCACUGCCCAAGUGGCGGCCAGCAUUGUCGCUUUAAGCUAUUCCUCCCGUUUUACGUCCUAUACGGUUAGUUCCUUUUCUUGCCUCUCAAUCCCAUGACUAUUUUAAGGUUGCCGCUUGGAUUUCUCAUGGGAGAGUGAAUCUCUCCAUUCUCGAAUAGUAAUGUUUCAAGUGGACACUCUGCCAAAGUACAAGCGGCCGAAGGCCUUCGCCAUCCGCAAUUUCCCCCAGGGAUGUAGCCCUCAUGAAGUCAAAUUGUAUACUAAACCUGUAGAACAAGCGUCUUCUGUGGUGGGGUUGGAGAAUGUUAAGCUCACUGGAUCAGAAAACUAUUUAGAAGCCAGUCCUGAGCAUGAGAAACUUGAAGUGCGGGAAUUAGUGAGGGAGAGUUCAGAGUUAUCCAAGUUUCAGAAUGGGCAUUGUUCUUCAAAGAUGUAUGGACCUCCAAAGAGGAGGAAAGUUUUUUCUAUCCGACAAUUUCCUCCUGGAUGUGGACCAAGUUCUGACGGUAUCAACAAAGAUUCGCUAAAGGCUAAGAAUUUGGUGGGGAAGAAAAUUGAUGAAGCAAGCAAACAUUUAGUGGGUUAUACUCUUAGUGUUGCGGCUACUGAAAUUGUUGGGGAACAAAUGAGAAUGAAUGAUGAUAUUGAGGCGGUUACUGAAACUAUUCACGGAAUUUGUCGUGAGACAGGAAUCAGGCCUCAGAUUUCUUCUAUGAAAUAUAAAUUUUUUGAUGGGGAGAAAAAGAAACCGGAUUCAAAACAGAAAGAAAUGGUAGGGUGUUCUGCUUUGAUUAAAUAUUCUGGAAAUAAUUUGCAUCCCAUGAAGAAUAUGACUUUGGUGAAGCAGCCAUUAGUGAUGCAUAAACCCGCACGAGCUGCAGAUGCUGAAAAACACUUGAAUCAUGAGAAGUCUAUGGUGAAGCAGGCAAAAAUAGCAGAUAGCUCUGUGAAGGUUGCAUUUUCUGAAAUGGCUUGUGUUGAGGAUAGAAAUGAUUCUGAUAUAACAAAAGGGAAAGCGAAAAACUUUGGUGAAUGUACUUUGGUCAGAUCAAAUACUGACAAGAAUUUCUAUGGUAGUGGAACUCAAGGCAAUAUUAGUCACGUUCAGAUAAAAUCCUCAUUGAAACGUGGUUCAAAGAAGAUCUUUGGUCGCUCUAUUUCUGAUAAGACAUUAGGUGGUUGCAAAGGCUAUCAAACCAACAAGAACCUUCAAAUCAAAGAAAAUGCUGGCAGUUCAUCUCAUGUAGUUGUGAAAUCUACAUUUGCAAGUAAGUUAUUGGAUAAUGAUGGUAAUCCAUUGGUAGGAAAACAUUCUGUAAAUGAAUGUGAAAUUACCCAAAUAGUUAGUGAUAGUUUAAAGAGAAAGUUGUCAGCUGAGGUUCUUUUUAAAGACUACAUUCCAGAUGAAGGUGAAGAUUUUCUUGAAGCUUAUGGGGAGAGGAUGAUUAAUCAGGCUCUGUUGGCUGCUGAAAAUUGCACCUUGAGGAAUUCCAAGAGAUUCAGUGCAGUUGGUUCUGGUUCUGGCUUUGUACAAAGCAAAAUAAAGAAGGAGAAGAGUUUGGUAGACAGGAACUAUGCUUCAAAGGUUUUUUCUUCUUCCCAACAAAAGAACAAAGGCUUAAUUAAGGAUAUUGAUCAUUUGGUAGGAGCAGAUACAAGCCGGAAAGAAAUUACUGCAUUUAAAAAACAUAAUGAAUUUAGUGUUACCAUGACCCCAUUUAAAUUGAGUCAGAAAGGUAGUGAUAAUGAAGAAGUUUUGGCUCGGCACCGAGUUAAGAGGGCUUUGCGAAUUUUUCAGCUUAUAUGCAGGAAACUUUUGCGAGCAGAAGAGUCUAGCUCAAAAAAGUUGGGUAAAAUAAACAGGAUUGAUCUGCAGGCUUCUAAAGUGCUCAAAGAUAAUGGUGAAUGGGUGAGCAAUGGUGAACCGAUAUUGGGGCAUGUUCAUGGAGUUGAAGUUGGUGAUGAAUUCCAUUACAGGGUGGAGCUCUCAUUAAUUGGCCUUCACCGUCUAUUUCAGGGCGGUAUAGAUAGUAUGAAGCAAAAUAGGAUGCUAGUGGCGGUUAGCAUUGUGGCUUCUGGUGGAUAUGAGGAUGAUGUGGAUGGUUCAGAUGUUUUGAUAUAUUCUGGUUCAGGUGGAAUAUCUGCUGGCGGAGAUAAGCAACCAGGAGAUCAAAAACUUGAGCGUGGUAACUUGGCAUUAAAGAACAGUAUAGAAGCUCAAACACCUGUGAGGGUUAUUCUUGGUUUUAAAGAGAAAAGUGAUCCUCAUGAUGCAAGGGGCAAGCUAGUCUCAACAUUCACCUAUGCUGGAUUGUAUCAUGUGGAGUCAUACUGGCAGGAGAGAGGUUCUCAUGGGUUUAAUGUGUUCAAGUUCCAGUUGAAAAGGAAGCCUGGGCAACCGGAGCUUGCUUUUAAAGAACUGAAAAGGUCAACGAUGUUAAGAAUCCGUGAAGGUCUCUGUGUUGAGGAUAUAACUCGGGGAAAGGAGAAAAUUCCUAUCUCUGUAGUUAAUACAAUUGACACUGACCGUCCAACACCUUUUAAGUAUAUAACCAAGAACAUUUACCCUUCAUGCUAUGUCAAGAUACCUCCAAGGGGUUGUGAUUGCAUCGGUGGUUGCUCUGAUUCCGAUAAAUGUGCUUGUGCCAUUAAGAAUGGUGGGGAAAAUCCUUAUAACUGCAGCGGUGCUAUUGUACAAGCGAAGUCACUUAUUUAUGAAUGCGGACCUUCCUGUAAAUGUCCUCUUUCAUGCUACAACAGGGUCGGCCAACAUGGUAUCAGAAUGCCAUUGGAGGUCUUCAAGACUGGAGGUAGAGGUUGGGGUGUUAGAUCCUUGAAAUCUAUUUCAUCUGGCAGUUUUAUAUGUGAGUAUAUAGGAGAGUUGCUUCAAGAUGGUGAGGCUGACCAGAGGACUUAUGAUGAAUAUCUUUUUGACAUUGGCCAUAAUUAUGAUGACCGCUCUUUAUGGGAGGACCUUCCAAAUCUUAUACCAGAACUGCAAUCUAACUCUGUUUGUGAUACUGUAGAAAAUGUUGGUUUUACAAUUGAUGCAGCAGAAUAUGGAAACAUUGGGCGAUUUAUUAAUCAUAGUUGCUCGCCUAAUCUGUAUGCACAGAAUGUUCUAUAUGACCAUGAUGACAAGAGGAUUCCUCACAUAAUGUUCUUUGCUGUUGAUAAUAUUCCACCAUUACAAGAGUUAACAUAUCACUACAACUACACAAUAGAUCAAGUCCGUGAUUCUGAGGGAAACAUAAAGCAGAAGGCUUGCUAUUGUGGUUCUCAUGAGUGUCGUGGCAGGCUUUACUGAGCUUAUCAGUGCUUUCCUAUACUGGUAUGAAGAUUAACUAAAACAUACCCAUCAGCCUUCUCAGAGUAUGCACUUAGGGUUACAGUUGAAAUUUUAUAUGUCCAAAGAUCUUCAUGAUGAAACUAAAGAGCCUUUUUUCAACAGGCUUUUGUGAUGCUAAAUUGCUAUUAAUAUUAGGGUUACUGCUGAAGAUCAUUUGUCUCUAAUCUGAUCAACGUGGAUCACAUGAAAAUGAAAAUGGAGUAUGUGAGGUCUUCUGUUUUGACUGGUUUUUGUGGGUGUAAAUCGGAGCUACCUUCAUGGGGGUGAAGUCUUCUACCUCUCAUCGUUGUUUUUUUUUUGGGUAAGUUUUUUCUUAAGGACCAGUUUUUUUUAGGGCAUGUGAUAUCUUUUCCAUAGCAGAAUUUGUAUUUUUCUUAAGUUUUGUUUGCAGGCUCAUAGAAUGGAAAAUCUUCAAUG